AUGGCUUCCAUACCACCCCCUCCUCCGCCGGGAUGGGGUGCUGGAGCGCCGCCUCCUCCGCCUGGCAUGGCCCCCCCACCUCCAGGUUAUCGUCCCCCAGUCGACCCUCGAGUCGCAAAGUUUGCACAGAAGAAGAAAGAGUGGCUCCGUACGCAGCGCAAUCGGUACGGCGAAAAGAGGAAGGGCGGCUUUGUGGAAACGCAGAAGGCCGAUAUGCCGCCGGAGCAUCUGAGGAAGAUUGUCAAAGACAUUGGAGACGUCAGUCAGAAGAAAUUCAGCAGCGACAAAAGAAGUUACCUAGGCGCCUUGAAAUACAUGCCGCACGCAGUCUUCAAGCUGCUGGAAAACAUGCCCAUGCCCUGGGAGAGUGCGAGGGAAGUCAAAGUAUUGUACCAUGUCAAUGGGUGCCUGACACUCGUCAAUGAAACCCCACGAGUCAUCGAGCCGGUCUUUCACGCACAGUGGGCAACUAUGUGGGUUUCAAUGAGACGAGAGAAGAGCGACAGAAGGCACUUCAAGCGGAUGCGCUUCCCUCCUUUCGACGACGAAGAACCACCGCUGUCUUGGUCAGAGAAUAUCGAAGACGUGGAGCCCUUGGAGCCUAUUCAGAUGGAACUGGAUGAGAAUGAGGAUGGUCCCGUGUAUGAAUGGUUCUAUGAUCACCGGCCUCUUCUGGACACGCCGCACGUCAAUGGUCCGAGUUACAAAACGUGGAACUUGACGCUGCCGCAAAUGGCUACCCUGUACCGACUUUCUCAUCAGCUGUUGAGCGACGUGGUGGAUAAGAAUUAUUUCCACAUGUUCGAUCGUGAAAGCUUUUUCACCGCGAAGGCUCUCAACGUUGCCAUCCCCGGUGGACCCAGAUUCGAGCCCUUAUACAAAGAUAUUGACCCCAAUGACGAGGAUUUCGGCGAGUUCAACGCAAUCGACCGAAUCAUCUUCCGUGCGCCGAUCCGGACCGAAUACAGGGUCGCGUUUCCCUACUUAUACAACUCGCUACCACGGAGCGUCAAACUUUCGUGGUAUUCCCACCCUCAAGUUGUCUACGUAAGAUCAGAGGAUCCCAACCUGCCAGCCUUCUAUUUUGAUCCCGUCAUCAAUCCCAUCUCUUCGAGGUCAGUGGCGCCAAAAAAUAUUACCAUCAGCCACGAGGAUGAAGUCUUUGGCGAAGGCAAUAAUGAGGAUGAUGAAUUCGAGCUCCCAGGCAAUGUUGAGCCAUUCCUCGCAGACGAGGAACUGUACACCAGCGAGACAGCUUCUGCUAUCGCAUUGUGGUGGGCGCCUUUCCCAUUUGAUCGGAGAUCUGGAAGAAUGGUUCGUGCCCAGGAUGUGCCUCUGGUCAAGCAGUGGUAUCUGGAGCACUGCCCGCCCGGCCAGCCGGUCAAAGUCCGAGUUUCUUACCAGAAACUACUGAAGACCUAUGUUCUGAAUGAGCUACACAGGAAGAAGCCCAAGGCGCAAAACAAACAAGAUCUUCUCAAGACGCUGAAAUCCACCAAGUUCUUCCAGCAAACGACCAUCGACUGGGUAGAGGCCGGUCUACAAGUUUGCCGACAAGGGUUCAAUAUGCUGAACCUCCUCAUCCAUCGGAAGAACUUGACGUAUCUGCAUCUGGACUACAACUUCAACCUUAAACCUGUCAAGACCCUGACGACAAAAGAACGCAAGAAAUCGAGAUUUGGUAAUGCAUUCCAUUUGAUGAGAGAGAUUCUGAGACUCACUAAGCUCAUUGUCGAUGCUCAAGUCCAAUACAGACUUGGCAACAUCGAUGCGUUUCAGCUGGCUGACGGCAUUCUCUAUGCUUUCAACCAUGUCGGACAGUUGACGGGAAUGUACCGGUACAAAUACAAGCUCAUGCACCAGAUCAGAUCGUGCAAAGACCUGAAGCACUUGAUCUAUUAUCGCUUCAACUCUGGACCUGUCGGAAAAGGUCCGGGUUGUGGCUUCUGGGCGCCAGCUUGGAGAGUGUGGCUCUUUUUCAUGCGGGGCAUUAUUCCUCUUCUUGAAAGAUGGCUUGGGAAUUUGUUGUCCAGACAAUUUGAAGGCCGCCACAGCAAAGGUGUUGCAAAGACCGUUACAAAGCAACGUGUGGAAUCCCAUUUCGACCUUGAACUCCGAGCGUCGGUCAUGGCAGACUUGAUGGAUAUGAUGCCUGAAGGUAUUAGACAGAACAAAGUCAAUACCGUACUUCAGCAUCUUUCCGAAGCGUGGCGGUGCUGGAAGAGCAAUAUUCCUUGGAAAGUCCCAGGCUUACCAGCCCCUAUUGAGAACAUUAUCUUGCGAUACGUCAAAAGCAAGGCUGAUUGGUGGAUCUCUGUGGCUCACUAUAACCGAGAGCGCAUCAGGAGAGGCGCAACUGUCGACAAGACAGUAGCCAAGAAGAACCUUGGUCGCCUGACGCGAUUGUGGCUGAAAGCUGAACAAGAGAGACAGCAUAAUUACAUGAAAGACGGUCCAUAUGUUUCCUCGGAGGAAGCUGUCGCCAUCUACACGACCACCGUCCACUGGCUUGAGUCGCGGAAGUUCUCACCGAUUCCCUUUCCCAGUGUCUCUUAUAAACAUGACACGAAGAUUCUGAUCCUGGCCCUGGAGAGACUGAGAGAGGCCUAUUCUGUUAAGGGCAGGUUGAAUCAGAGUCAGAGAGAAGAGCUUGCCCUGAUCGAACAGGCGUACGAUUCGCCCGGGACUACCCUAGCCAGAAUCAAGCGUUUCUUGUUGACUCAACGGGCGUUCAAAGAAGUUGGAAUCGACAUGAACGACAAUUACAGCUCAAUCAAUCCCGUAUAUGAUGUCGAGCCAAUCGAGAAGAUCACGGAUGCAUAUCUCGACCAAUAUCUUUGGUAUCAGGCUGACACCCGACAUCUCUUCCCAUCGUGGGUCAAGCCUUCAGAUUCAGAGGUCCCACCGCUUUUGGUCUACAAGUGGGCCCAGGGUAUUAACAACUUGACAAAUGUUUGGGAGACUGCAGAUGGAGAAUGUAACGUCAUGAUCGAAACACAGCUUUCCAAGGUCUAUGAGAAGAUUGAUUUGACUUUGCUCAAUCGUCUGCUUCGACUAAUCAUGGAUCACAAUCUGGCCGAUUAUAUCACUUCGAAAAACAAUGUCCAGCUGAACUACAAAGAUAUGAACCACACGAAUAGCUACGGCAUGAUCAGAGGUCUUCAGUUCUCAGGCUUCGUUUUCCAGUACUACGGACUGGUCAUCGACCUGCUUCUCCUCGGCCUUCAACGAGCGAGCGAGCUCGCCGGGCCGCCUCAGAGCCCGAAUGACUUCUUGCAAUUCCGAGACAGGGAAACAGAGACCAGACACCCUAUUCGCCUGUACACACGAUAUAUUGACAAAAUCUGGGUCUUCUUCAGAUUCACCGCAGAGGAGUCGAAGGAUUUGAUCCAGCGCUUCUUGACCGAACAGCCGGAUCCGAACUUUGAAAAUGUUAUUGGGUAUCGGAACAAAAAAUGCUGGCCUCGAGAUUCUAGGAUGAGGUUGAUGAGACACGACGUCAACCUUGGCCGUGCCGUAUUCUGGGAUUUGAAGAACAGGUUACCUCGUUCAAUUACCACAAUCGAAUGGGAUGACACGUUCGCGAGUGUCUACUCCCGGGACAACCCCAAUCUGUUAUUCUCAAUGUGCGGUUUCGAGGUCAGGAUCUUACCCAAGAUCCGUAAUCAGAACGACGAAUUCCCCAUCAAAGAUAGUGUCUGGGCUCUGGCCAACAAUGAGACCAAGGAGCGAACCGCCUACGCAUUCUUGCAGGUCACAGAAGAAGACAUCCAGAAGUUCAACAACCGCAUCAGGCAAAUAUUGAUGUCCUCCGGCUCUACGACAUUUACCAAGAUCGCAAACAAGUGGAACACGACGUUGAUUGCUCUGUUUACCUACUACCGAGAGGCUGCUGUGUCCACAGUCAACCUGUUGGACACCAUUGUCAAGUGCGAGACCAAAAUCCAGACCCGUGUGAAGAUUGGCCUGAACUCCAAGAUGCCUUCUCGUUUCCCCCCGGCUGUGUUCUAUACGCCCAAGGAGCUGGGUGGCCUAGGCAUGAUCUCAGGGUCUCACAUUUUGAUUCCGACUAGUGACAAGCGAUGGUCGAAGCAAACUGAUACUGGUGUUACUCAUUAUCGAGCUGGCAUGUCUCACGACGAGGAAACCCUGAUUCCCAAUAUCUUCCGAUACAUCAUCCCCUGGGAAGCCGAAUUCAUCGAUUCUCAGCGAGUCUGGACCGAAUAUUCUCAGAAGCGGAUGGAAGCCAAUCAGCAGAAUCGGAGACUUACUCUCGAAGAUUUGGAGGACAGCUGGGAUAGAGGUCUUCCGCGCAUCAACACUCUGUUCCAGAAAGACCGGAGCACCUUGAGCUUCGACAAAGGCUUCAGGGCUCGUACAGAGUUCAAGCAAUAUCAACUGAUGAAGAGCAACCCUUUCUGGUGGACGAGUCAGAGACACGACGGGAAACUCUGGAAUCUGAACGCUUAUCGAACCGACGUCAUUCAAGCCUUGGGCGGUGUCGAGACAAUUUUGGAACAUACCUUGUUCAAGGCAACAGCUUUCCCGUCGUGGGAGGGUCUGUUCUGGGAGAGAGCAUGUCUUGCCAACGGGACUAUGCUGCUACGGUAUGAUGGAUCCAAGGUCGCCGUCGAAGACGUCCAGGAAGGGGAUCUACUUCUGGGCCCGGACGGUGGCCCUCGAAGGGCGUUCAAUAAAGUGACCGGGUCGGAUCGACUGUAUCGCAUCAAAUUCGGCAAGAGGGAAGACCUAGUCGUCACGCCGAACCAUAUCUUGGUCCUCCAUCGCAGCCUCCGCAAAGACCUUCCCAAGGUGACCGCAGCAGAUCAGUGGGAGACUGAGACAAUGACUGCCCGCGAUUUCGCAUCACUGGAGCCAUCGGAGAGGGGCAAAUACAGGCUCUUCAGAUGCGCUGGGUUUGAGUACCCCGAACAAGAUGUGCCGAUCAACCCCUAUUUGGUCGGGCUCUGGCUAGGCGACGUGAGUUGUCGCCACUUAUCCAUGUACAAUGGGGUGCGUCAGAGGCGCAAUGGAAAAUGCCCGGAGAUGGAUGCGAAGCACAUCCCCGAGGUCUACAUGAAAAAUUCUCGAGCUGUGCGCCUGGCUGUACUCGCUGGCAUCAUCGAUUCUGACGGUUCGUAUCAUAUCUCCGGAAGGUCUGGCACGCUGAGGUUUGCCCAAAGUGAGAAAUGGCAUGCGACUCUUUUCUGGGAUGUUGUUACGUUGGCGAGGUCACUGGGUUUCUCAGUGAGAACAUCCAGGGCAACAAAGGCGGAACGAUUGUUGGGUUCACAAACGCUGCCGGUAUCAGGAAUGCUUACGGCCUCCAUCAGCGGAGAUCUUCAUGAAUUACCAUGUCUGCUCGCCCGCAAGAAGCCGCUGGAAAGAUCGCGCGCUCCCUGUUUCAACUACGCCAUCCGAAGCAUCGACCUUGAGGCCAAGUCUACAAAGUGGUCAGGCUUCCGAGUUGAUAAAGAUCAGCUGUAUCUACGACAUGAUUACGUCGUCCUGCACAACAGCGGCUUCGAAGAGUCAAUGAAGUUCAAGAAGCUUACCAAUGCGCAGCGCUCCGGUCUCAAUCAGAUCCCCAACCGUCGCUUUACCCUGUGGUGGUCACCGACGAUCAAUCGCGCCAAUGUGUACGUUGGUUUCCAGGUCCAGCUUGACCUGACUGGCAUUUUCUUGCAUGGCAAAAUUCCGACACUGAAGAUUUCUUUGAUCCAGAUCUUCAGAGCUCACUUGUGGCAGAAGAUCCACGAAAGCGUUGUCAUGGACCUGUGCCAGGUCUUCGACCAAGAACUUGAACAGUUGGGCAUCGAAACUGUUCAGAAAGAGACUAUCCACCCGAGAAAAUCGUACAAGAUGAACAGUUCUUGUGCAGAUAUCCUGUUGUUUGCGAGUCACAAGUGGAAUGUCACCCGACCGUCCCUCCUCUUUGAUACGAAGGAUCAGAUCGAAGCCACGACAACAAACAAGUUCUAUGUCGACGUCCAACUUCGAUACGGCGACUACGACUCUCACGAUAUUGAACGCUACGUCCGGGCCAAGUACCUCGACUACACUACUGACAGCAUGAGCAUCUACCCCUCAGCGACUGGUUUGAUGGUAGCUAUUGACCUCGCGUACAAUCUGUAUUCUGCAUACGGGCAAUACUUCCCUGGCCUGAAGGCGUUGGUCCAACAAGCAAUGGCCAAGAUAAUGAAAGCGAAUCCGGCGCUCUACGUGCUCCGCGAGCGUAUCAGGAAAGGUCUCCAACUGUACGCGUCCGAAAGCACUCAAGAGUUCUUGAAUUCUCAGAACUAUUCGGAACUGUUCAGCAACCAGACUCAAUUGUUCAUUGAUGACACCAAUGUCUAUCGGGUAACUAUCCAUAAGACAUUUGAGGGCAAUUUGACGACAAAACCUAUCAACGGCGCCGUUUUCGUGUUCAACCCAAAGACCGGACAGUUGUUCUUGAAGAUUAUCCACACCAGUGUGUGGGCUGGUCAAAAGCGUCUGGGACAGUUGGCUAAAUGGAAGACUGCCGAAGAAGUCGCCGCACUGAUCAGGUCUUUGCCCGUGGAAGAACAGCCCAAACAGCUGAUCGUUACGCGGAAAGGCCUCCUUGAUCCGCUCGAAGUGCACCUUCUGGAUUUCCCGAAUGUUUCGAUCCGAGCUUCGGAGCUCCAGUUGCCAUUCCAGGCUGCGAUGAAGGUGGAAAAGCUGGCCGACAUGAUUCUACAAGCCAAGGAGCCACAAAUGGUUCUGUUCAAUCUAUACGACGACUGGUUGAAGUCAAUAUCGUCGUACACCGCGUUUUCCAGACUGAUACUCAUUCUCCGCGCAUUGCAUGUGAACACUGACAAGACGAAGCUGCUUCUCCGACCUGACAAAACUGUCAUUACUCAAGCACAUCACAUAUGGCCUACUCUUUCGGACGAAGACUGGAUCAAGGUCGAAGUUCAACUGAGAGAUCUUAUCUUGAACGAUUAUGGCAAGAAGAACAAUGUCAACGUCCAGUCUCUGACGAGUAGCGAGGUCCGCGAUAUCAUUCUCGGAAUGGAGAUUAGUGCGCCGUCGAUGCAACGCCAGCAAGCGGCGGAGAUUGAGAAGCAGCAACAAGAGCAGCAACAAUUGACUGCGGUGACCACCAAGACGCAAAAUGUUCGAGGCGAGGAGAUCAUUGUGACGACGACGUCGCAAUACGAGCAACAGUCCUUUGCCUCCAAGACGGAAUGGCGGACACGGGCGAUUGCGACAUCGAACCUGAGGACUCGGGCGAACAACAUCUACAUCUCCAGCGACGACAUUCACGAAGCGGACGACGCGUACACGUAUGUCCUGCCUAAGAACAUACUCAAAAAAUUCAUCACAAUUGCGGAUCUGCGGGUCCAGGUGGCCGGAUAUCUGUACGGCUCUUCACCGCCGGACAACGAUCAGGUCAAGGAAAUCCGCACCAUCGUGAUGGUUCCGCAGGUCGGGUCGACGCGAGAGGUGCAACUACCACACCAGCUUCCGCAACACGAGUAUCUCAAGACGAUGGAACCGCUUGGAAUCAUCCACACGGUGAGCGGCAACGAGACACCCUACAUGACCGCAGCGGAUGUGACGAUGCAUUCGCGACUGAUGGCGCAACAUCCCAGCUGGGACAAAAAGACCAUCACCUUGACCGUGUCGUUCACCCCGGGUUCCGUCUCCCUCAGUUCCUGGACCCUCACUCCACAGGGAUACACGUGGGGCGCCUCGAACAAGGACACCCAGUCCGACAGCCCCGCGGGCUUUUCGACCUCGUUCGGGAUCAAAACCCAACUUCUCCUGUCCGACAAGAUCCGGGGCUAUUUCCUCGUCCCGGAGACCGAAGUGUGGAAUUACAGUUUCAUGGGCGCGCAGUUUUCGACCGUCGAGAAGCGGCCCGUGUACGUCAAGAUCGACACGCCCCGCCGGUUCUACGACGAUCUGCACCGGCCCGUGCAUUUCAGCAGCUUUAAUGAGUUGGAAGACAUUUGGGCCGACCGGGAGGAUGCAUUUGCUUGA